AUGAAAAGCACAAUUAAAUAAAGAUGGAUGGUUGUAAGAAUUUUAACUAAUAUAUGAGUAGGAAUUUAUAUAUUUUUCGGGAAUCUUUUUACCAAAAUUGGUUUGCCUUGUAGAUAAUAAUUUUACUUUAGUUAUAAAAUUGAAUAGUAUAAAUUUGAAAUACCCAUUAACUAAUGACUAAUAAUCUCAUUAAUCUAUCUUAAAUAUAUUAAUAAUGAAUAAUACCAUUGAAAAAAGAAUCUAUUAUAAGAAAUAUUUAAUUAGUAAAGUGAUUAAUUGA